CUGUAUUACUUUGGCGGGCAUGCAAUGCAGCCAACUUAAAAAUCACAGCAUACAAAGAGACUUCCGGCUGCAUCUUUCUCUGUUUGAUAUCGGUUCAUUUGGUUUUAAACCAUGGGCAGAGUAAUUCGUGCUCAGCGAAAGGGUGCUGGGUCUGUUUUCAGAUCCCACACAAAAAGGAGAAAGGGAGCACCCAAACUUCGUUCUCUGGAUUAUUCUGAAAGGCAUGGAUACAUCAAAGGUGUUGUAAAGGACAUUCUCCACGAUCCUGGUCGUGGUGCACCUUUAGCUGUUGUACAUUUCCGUGACCCAUACAAGUUUAAAACACGCAAAGAAUUGUUUAUUGCACCUGAAGGAAUGUACACUGGACAGUUCCUAUAUUGUGGAAAGAAAGCAAAUCUUCAAAUUGGAAAUGUGAUGCCUGUUGGUCAAAUGCCUGAGGGUACUAUCGUUUGUAAUUUGGAGGAAAAGACUGGCGAUAGAGGCCGUUUAGCUAGAGCAUCUGGAAACUAUGCCACAGUUAUUGCUCACAAUCCAGAUACAAAGAAAACCAGAGUAAAAUUACCAUCUGGUGCCAAGAAAGUCAUUCCAUCCAACAACAGAGCUAUGGUUGGCAUUGUUGCUGGUGGUGGACGUAUUGACAAGCCGAUUCUUAAAGCUGGCCGNCAUGGGUAUAUUUUUGUACAUUCGUUUCCUCAAUAA